GUUUAGUUGUUUCAUUUAAUAUUAUUUAAUUCACAUCUUGAAUAAUGUUUUUAUUUAUCUCCUCGUCAAAAUAUUUAAGUUUGAUUAUUUACCCCGUAAUUUGUACAGUAUGGAAACAAUCGAUUUCAUAAUGACGCGAGACUGCAAGACUGCGAGUGCUUAAAAAAUGGAAUUUUCUUAUCAGUACAAACUACAAACUACAAAAUUACGAAUUCCUGCUGAGGAUCUAAUACAGUAUUCAACUCUUGACUAAACUCUUAUAAUUGGAUAUUAUUAAAGUAGUUCGUUUUUUAAUAAAUUUCAAUCAUAGUGUGGCUGGUACGUUAUUCGAUAAUCAAAGAGUAGUCAUUCUCGUCGUACUCUCACGAGAAUUUCACAUUAGUUUUCCAGAGACGGGCAACUGCUAUUUAUUGUAAGAGCUCAGACCUACCUAACUUACAAUGGAUAGUGCGUCAAGACCUAUUGACAGUAUUGCAGAUAACCGCUAUUUUUGCCACAGCUGUGAUGCCGAAAUAGGAAGUGUAGCCGAUGAUUUUACAUGUCCAACGUGCCAUUUGGGUUUUAUUGAAAAAGUAGAAGGGCAACAAACUCCCGAGGAACCAGAUGACGAAGAUAUGGAAUUUGCAAAUGCACACUUUAUGGUUAAUGGUAUAUUAGGAGAUAGUGAUAUUGGAGGAAGACGGAGGUCAAAUAUUCGUCGCCGGAGAUUUACAACAAGAGGUCCUCAUGUAAUGACAUUGCAACCUGGCAGGGGCCCAAGGCGUAGUUCAGGUGGAACAAUUGAAAAUUUAGUAGAAGAUGUCAUAGUAAAUUUUGCUGAUUAUGCUCGAUCGGGCGGAAGUCCAGUUAGAUUUUUACUCGGUAAUCCUGGUGACUAUGUUUGGGGGAGAGAUGGAUUAGAUUCAAUUGUGUCACAGUUAUUAAAUCAGAUUGAUGGAGCUGGACCUCCUCCAUUGACGAAAGAGAAAAUACAAGAAAUACCUACAGCAAUUAUUUGUCAAGAACAUUUAGAUGUGAAACUCCAAUGCUCUGUUUGUUGGGAAGAUUUUACAAUUGAUGAAAAAGUAAUGAAACUAGCUUGCGACCAUAUGUUUCAUAAAGAUUGUAUUACACCUUGGUUAGAAUUGCAUGGUACUUGUCCAAUUUGCCGUAAAUAUUUAGCAGAUGAUGGGUUAAGUUCAAUUAAUUCAGAUCCACUAGGAAUCAGUUUAGGUGUUGGACCAAAUUUAGCAGCACUCAUUAGAGCUCGUAGUAUUCCGCGUACUAAUGCUGAUCCAGUAUGGGGAAUGAAUGAUUAUGAUAUAGCAUCUACAUCAACUGACUGGCCUACACAACUUGGUAUUAGUUUGCCACUGCCAAUUGUGUCAUCAUCAUCAGCUACACAAACUCCAGCUGCGGCAUCAGGUAUGUCAACUUAUUCAUCCGUCACAGCCAGGAACUUACGUGACCAACGGUUGUCAUCUUCAUCUGCUGAUGUUGAACCAAUGGAAACUGAUCAUGAUCAAAAUUUACCAGCGGUGAAUAAUACAAAUAAUUCCUAGUCUUUUCUAGUAAAUACAAGUAAUGAUUUUAGUACAAUAUGAGUUUACUGUUUAAUACAUGAAAGUGAAAGAAAUACAUUCAAUUAAUAACAAUUAACCAAAUAUUUUUUAUUUGAACCAUUUAUGAAAGUUUAUAACAUAAUUACAAUUAUUGAUGACUAGUAAUUGACAGUUAGUUAUUUCAAAAGGUAUUUUGUAUAUAUAUAUAUGUAUGGAUUCCUAUAUAUAUGUGAAUGUAUGUAUAUUUUAAUUACACUGUCUUAAAUCACCCAAGUCUCGAUUGUAAUUAGUAACUUAUCAAAUACUUUUAAUUUAUAUUAUAUUAGUAGAUAUUAUAAUGCUUGUUUUCUACCUAACUGGUAAAUUUCAAUUUUACCUGUUGAUUGUUAAAAUUGUUAUGUCUUUUUUUUCAUUAUAAAACAUAUUUAAAUUAUGUUUACUUAUCUACACUAUACAUUAUAUAUAUUAUUCAAUAUUAUGAAACUGGAAUUCAUAAUUUUAAUGAAUCAUUUAAUUUAUAUUUUAUGCUUUUAAUACUAUAAUAUAAUGGGCUAAAUAUUAGAAAAAUUUAAUUAAAUGUGUACAAAAUAUCAUCCAAUGUAGAUUUACUUAAAUUUAAUAUUAUCUGUUUUUUUUUUGUUUUAUGUGUAUUAAACAAAACAUAAUAGAUAGUAUAUAUAUAUAUGUAUUAGAAACACAUUUGCUGUAAUUUGUUGACUGUUAAUUUUUUUAACUUCACGUUUUUAAUUUUUUCUAUUCAUUAUUUUUAUUAAAACCAUAAUGGUUCUUUUAAAAUUAUAUUACAUGAUUGAUUAUUUAUAUUUAUUAGUGAAAGCAUAUGUGUAUAGUCAUUUUGGGUUAAAUUAUUGUUUCUUAUUUUCAAAAAACCAUUUUAUGAUAUCCUAAAGUGUAUUUGAAUUCUUUCGCUUAGACUUAAAUAGAAAAUAAAUAAUUGUAAAUAAAAA